AUGAGCGCUCCGCAGCAGACAGAGGAGAAGGCCGUGCAGACGGAGGCAGCAGCAGCAGCAGCAGCAGCAGUUGCUGCGGCUGAUUCGCCUGUCUCCUCUCACUCACCUGAUCCCCCAGUUGACUCUGCAGCAGCAGCAGCAAAAGCAGCAGAAGCAGCAGCAGCAGCAGCAGCAGCAGAAGACACAGAAAUAAUAUUCAAGGAAUAUGAACAGACACCAGACGGCCCCACAACCCCAACCGGAAAUAUAAUUUUUGAUUUUAUAAAUAGCGUCCUAGACGAGCUGUACUUCGGCAGAGAGGAGGUGCAGCGCCAGCAAGCAGCAGCAGCAGAAGCAGCAGCAGCAGCAGCAGCAGCAGCAGCGGAAGCAGCAGCAGCAGCGCGUGCUCAGCAGAAAACUUGUUCAGAGGCUUCUCCUCGCUGUGAAGGCAGCACAGACUAUAGAGCGUUUCUUAGGGGCCUCUGUCUCUACCCUGCAGCAGCAGCAGCAGCAGCAGCAGCAAAGCCAUCUCUCUCUCCUCUUCCUGCUGCAGCAGCAGCAGCAGAUAGAUUUGCUUCUUUUGAUCCCUUCACGAGAGAAAUUCUUAAUCAGUUUGCUGCUGACGAGCCUGAGGUGUAUCUACCCUACAUGCAUUUCCAUAAGGUAUACCCCGGCAGCAGCAGCAGCUGCUGCAGCAGCAGCAGCAGCAGCUGCUGCUGCUGCAACAGCAGCAAAGAGCCCUGCUGCAGCCUGCCACAGCAGCAGCAGCAGACACUGAAGGGAGUCAGCAUACCCCAGCAUACACCCACCAAGCUGCAGCAGCAGCAGCAGCAGCAGCAGCAGAAAUGUGUGUCUGCUUGA